AUGGCUGCCAGACCAGAGAUGACGUUCACGGCCUGGUGCAACUCCCACCUGAGGAAAGCAGGAACACAGAUCGAGAACAUCGAGGAGGACUUCAGGGACGGACUGAAACUCAUGCUGCUGUUGGAGGUGAUAUCAGGUGAGAGCUUGGCCAAACCAGAGAGAGGGAAGAUGAGAGUUCACAAGAUCUCCAACGUCAACAAAGCUCUCCACUACAUCACCAGUAAAGGAGUCAAGCUGGUGUCCAUCGGAGCUGAGGGUGAGUUCAACAAUAUCCUGGUCACUAUUGACACUGACUGGAAU